AUGAUGAAGGACUUGGUCAUCAACCCGCUGGGUGCAGGGCCCUUCCAGUUAGCCAAGGCGUUGGAGGAGCGCCAGGCCAAGCAGCUGGAGGACUUGGACCGCGUGGACAGGCUCUGGGAGUUCCGGUUGUGCGUGGAGAUGCUGCGGGACUGCCUGGACUCUUACAACCGCCACGGCGAGCGUGAUAUGCUGAGCACGGCGGAGGAGACCCUGUCCACGGCCGAGGAGCUGUUACGCAGAGUCACCGAGCUGGCGGUGAUGCACAUCCAGUCCGAUGAGGCCUUCUUGGAUUCCAUCAGCCAGGGUCCGCAAGGCUUGUUCCCACAAGACGACAGCGGCCUAUUGAUGCAGGUGCUGCAGUCCCCCGACUUCCAGGAGAAAGGAGGCCUGACCCGGAGUUUGCUGUCCUCGAGGCUCAUGAUCUCUGGACUUCUGGAGUCCGUGGUCGGGGAGCUCACGCGGUGGCGGUCGCACCCCAGCGAGGCAGACCUGGAGGCCUGGAAGCGCUGGGACCGGACGUACGAGCGCCUGGCCCGCCGCGUGGCGGCAGUGCAGCAGUCGCAGCAGGCGAAGAGCGCGCCUGGUGGCGACAGCCUCUGGCGGUGCAUGGAGGUUUUGGACCCGGCGGCGCCUUUGCGGGAGGAGACCGUGGAGUGCGUGGCGUGUCGAAACCCGGCAUGCGCCCCGCUCUGCGGGUACGGUCAGAGAGCAUGAUGCUGUCUUUAACAGGUUUCUCAAAAUAGGAAGAGGUCCAAUUCCCAAGGCCA